AUGAAGAGCGCCAUCUCCCCAGACAUCUGGGAGACAAAACGCAUGCUCAUCACGAAGCUUUACAAAGACGAAGAAUGGCCGCUCAAGCAGGUUAUCAAGCUUGUCCAGACCCGAGACUUCCAUCCCAGUGAAUCCCAGCUUCGCAGCCGGUUAAAGAAAUGGCACAUCACCAAGCCCUCGCGCAAGAAGUACGACGGCAGCAGACGCCUCUCUGGCGCAAAGAAGAACCAGAAUCAGAAUCAACCCCAGAGCCAGAACACCAUGGCGCAGAAGCCCUUGUCUGACUCGCUCUCACGCCUCCCCUUGUCAUCCACAUACCACACCCUCCACUCACAACCUCACUCGCAACCGCUCGCGCAACAGCUCUCGCAGCGUCGAGUCGACGAAACCGACUCGUUCUCUGAAACCUCGCGACCGUCAGUUUCGACGGUCCCGGACCUGUCAACCUCACCGGCAAACCGGUACAUCCUGCCAUCCAGCCCGCACGAGGACGCCAACCCGCCCUUCACAAGCACAAGCGCAAUGUACCCGUCCAGCACAAUCAUGGCCCCGUCAACGCCAAUGACGCCGGCCGUAUACGGAAUGGACGACUCCAAACGUCCUGCCGACGCGCAGCCAGUUUACUUCUACCCGCCCGAGUCGAGCCCGCACGCCUUCCCGGCGACCGCGGCCGUCUCGUACCCGACACAUGCCUACGGCCCCUACUCUGAUCCCAGCCCGCUGGCGGUCGUCGAGCACCCGCAGCUGGAUUACAUGGGCUAUCACGCCGUGCACCCGUACCUCGCACACCAGAAGACCAACCAAUACGGCGUGCCGCUCUCCGAACUGCCUCCGCCGCUGCUGGACGGGUCGUGGGCCAGCCACUACCACGACAGCCAUGCCCAUCAGCCGUUAUCUCCACACUCGUACUAUUCAGACGAGGCCGGAGGGCUGCAGUCUCUGGCGCCGCUGGCGCCGCCAGCGCCCAUAUACCAGACUGGGCAUGUCAUGUAA